AAAGAAAGGAAAAAUCAUCUGUUACGCAACAUCAGUUCCACUGUUUUCUUUCUGCUCUCAAUUUCUCCUCAAUGGAUUCGCCAAUACCGUGUAAAACACUUUCACAAACACACUCAUAUCCAUUGCGCACAAAAGCGGACGCCUCAUGCAAGGUGCUAGGUCUGACUAAUAUCUCGAGCAACAAACAAGAAGCCAAAGUAAUAAUUAGCAAGAGCCCGUUCCAGAUCGUUUACCACUGCGAUGUCGGACCCUCAGUACCUAUUCCAAUGGCUCCCCUUGCCAUAUCCGUUGAACCUGACGUGUGGCUGGAGUAUCCAGAUACCGACGAAGAAAACAAUCUUGACCAUGUCAAGGAAGAUGGAGAAGUCCACUGUACAAAAGAAAAUGAUUGCCCCCACAAACUCUUAUCAGUCGAAGAGAAAGCAGAUGAAGAAUUAGAUUUAACCAAGGAAGCAAUCAUGCGAGUUUUAAAGGCAGUAAUGACUGUUGAAAAGCCACAACCUAAAGACAUGAUUUUAUACGAUAAAGCCAUCCAGACAUCUGUGGAUCUCCAGAAAUUCUUUGAAUGCCAUCUUCCGAAAUAUAAAGUACCUUCGAGUUCGAUUAUCUCCAGCUGGAUGGCCAAAGACAUACAAUUUGGACGCGCAGAGCAUAUUCGGGUGUUGGAUGAUCAUGAUUCUUCCAAAAUUUCAAGGAUCUAUGGUCGAGAAAUAUAUGUCAAAAAGGAAGUGUAUAUCAAAUCUGAAAUCAAAAAAAUCUUCAACCGCCAAGAAUUUCUCAGGAAGUUACGCGAGGAGAACAACUGGGUCAAUAUAGGAUAUGCCAGAAAAAGCCAUACAAACGACAGCUUCGCCAGCCGGAUCCGCAACUUGCAAAAGAUGGUGAACUCUUUGCAUAUUGAUUGUCUUUGCUCGCAGGUGUUUGUCUCACCUCAUUCGAACAUCAGCUCAUCUCUCGAAACACGGGACUGCCGAAUGACAAAUACAGGCACUAAAGCCAAAGACGCGUUACGAUUUGUGUCCGGCGACUUUCAAGACAUGACCAUGGCCAUUGCUUCCUCGACUAACAAAGUACGCUUAAUAAUCCAGACGUACCGUGGAUUAACGUCAAAUCCGGUUGACUUACAGCACUUUGUUCGGCGACUUUCUGUCCUUGAAGAAAUAUGUAUAGAUAUUGGGUACCACAUGGUAACCAUAACAAGAGAAGAAGUAUUAGAUGGAUCUGGGGCAAAACAGUUUCAAGCCCCUAAAGGACCACAGCGGCGAAGCACGCUACAUGAUAAAAGCCCUGGUAACAGCAAAGUUUUGAUUCACAAUUAGGAAGUCUGUAGGUAGAAAUAAAGAAGUCUGGGAAAUCCGAUUGCAACUGUUGGUACAAGACACUUAUGGCGAAGGCUGGUUCAUCAAAAACUGAAAGUUAGUCACAUAAAAACCGAAGGCCAAAGUUGGAUCUACAAAACCGAUGGCAAACGUUGGUUCAUCAAAAUAACGGACAAAGCUGGUUAUACAAAACCGUUGGGCACAAGUGGUUCAUCAAGAUCGACGGCAAAACCUCGUCCAUAAAAUACCGGUCCGGACCAUAUGAUUCUGACUUCGAAAUACUGGCGGCAUUCAAUCAAUCCAUCUUCCAUCCAUCCAUCAUCCAUCCAUCCAUCCAUCCAUCUAUUGUCAAUCCGUCUAUCCUCCUCCAUAUCAC